AAAUGAGUACGCGUGCUACUCCAUGCUAGAUCUAACAUUAAUCAAGCCGCAUUUGAUAAGAAUAAGAUUGGAAGUGUAGUUGGUAGGAUUGCUCGAUCCGAAAUUAUCAAACAAUGAACCAAUCCACCGAAGCAAAGCACAAGAAAGAUUCCAAUUUCUACAUUGAAAACGCAUCACAAUUGAAGUCCACCAAGUUCCCAAAAAACUAGAAAAGUAUGCUUGUGAAAGAUUGGAACCGACAAACGAAACCCCGACAUUUUCGUUCCUGUAUCUCUGCUCUAAACUUGCAAGGCAACAACAUCUGAUCCUUCUUUUUCUGUCUUUCCGGAUCCUCUCUCUUCUUCUUUGAGCCAGUCCCAAUGAGGUCUAUGCGCGAUCGAAUUUACCAUGCAUAGGUUCAGCAAGACGAGAUCAUGCAAACGGCAAUCAUUAUUGAUUCUAGGUGUGCUGCCUUCUGUUGGCAGAUUUUCUGCUGCUGCUGCCUGGCCUUUGUGGCUGAUCUGGCAUAAAUGGAAGAAUUUUGUGGAUCAGUUCUCUGUGUAUAUCAGAUCUUUGCCGGGGAUUAACCACACAAUCUCGAUGGUAAACCCAAAACUGUCUCACCAUCCAAGUAUAUGCUAUAGGCCUAUACGUCCCUCCGACCUUGAGAUUUUACAGCGAAUCCAUGGUGAUUUGUUUCCCAUCAGGUAUGAGUUUGAUUUCUUCCAAAAUGUUGUUAAUGGACGCGAAAUUGUAUCGUGGGCUGCUGUUGACCGUAGUCGGCCAAAUGGUCAGAGUGAUGAACUCGUUGGAUUUGUAACUGCACGAAUUGUUCUUGCAAGAGAAAGUGAGAUAGUGGAUAUGCUCAGAUACGACUCAUUGAAAUCAGAUCAAACUUUAGUUUACAUUCUGACGCUGGGAGUAGUAGAAUCCUAUAGAAAUUGUGGCAUAGCGUCUUCAUUAAUUCGGAAGGUCAUAAAAUACGCCUCAAGUAUCCCAACUUGCCGUGCAGUUUACUUGCACGUCAUUUAUUACAAUAAUGCUGCAAUACAUUUGUACAAGAAAAUGUCAUUCCAGUGUUUAAGGAGGUUGCAAGGUUUCUACUUGAUCAACAGUCGGCAUUAUGACUCAUACUUGUUUGUGUGCUACGUAAAUGGUGGUGCUUCUCCUUGCUCACCACUAGCGCUUGUUACUAUCAUGGUAGGUUACAUGAAGACUGGUUUUAAGACAGUAGCUGCAAAGAUAUGCAAGAAUGAAGAAGAUGGGAAGGUCCCAAAAUGGCCGAAAUGUAAAGAAACCAUUUCUCUUGUAUCGACAACCCAAAACAAUAGAAAUUUGACAGCUGAAUGUUCUGGUCAUGAGUGUGUUUGAUUUGUUUACUCCCAUAAAAUGAUGUAUUCCUUUCUACUCCACGCCUGCAUCCCUUUAUUUUUACUUAUUCUUGAAGCCAUGAAAUAGUCCUGGAACUAACUUUUUAUACUGAAAAAAAUUCAUGAAAUGUUUCAGUCUCA